AUGGCCCCGAAUCUGGCAGCAUCUCAGCAUGAGCUCAUUCGUGACAUGAUCCUGAGCAAGUCUUCGACUACUGCUCAAAUGGCUGAUAUGGCUGGCCGUAGCGACCGCAGCAUUUGUCACGGGUACAAUGAAGCGAAGAUAUAUGACCCAUACUCGGAUAAGUCACAGUACAAUACUUCGGUUGAUCUGAUAAUCCCAGAAGGUCGCGAAUGGAACAACACGCUAGACACGGGAACCUGCGAGACAUUCUCCGACGGCAGCCCAGUCAAAGAAGUCCAACGAGAGUUCCUCAACAUCUUCGCCAUCUCAAUCCUACAGAGUAUGAUGGAACACAUGCCCGGUGUCAACCUCGCACUCAUCGACAUCCCACUCCUGAUGGACCUCUGCCCUUUCGAAACCGUCAAUAAUCCUAACGGCACACUCUCACCAUUAUGCAACCUCUUCAGUAUCUCCGACUGGUACGGAUACGACUAUUACAAAACAUUAGAGAAAUACUACGCUUUCGGCGCCGGGAAUCCCUUGGGGUCAACCCGAGGAGUCGGCUACGUCAACGAAUUGAUCUCUCGCAUGACCAAAUCCCUGCCUGUAAUCGACCAUACGAGUGUCAACCACACCCUCGACUCUGACCCGGAUACAUUCCCGCUUGAUACUGCUCUCUACGCUGAUUUCACCCAUGAUAACGCGAUGGUGUCAAUUUUCGAUGCGUUCGGGUUAUAUAACUCUACGCCCCCGCUUUCGGCGAAGCAUGUGCAGUCCGCGGCCGGGACGAAGGGGUUUUCGGCGUCGUGGGUCGUGCCUUUUGCGUCAAGGGCGUAUUUUGAGGUCAUGCGUUGCGCGUCCGAGGACGAUCAAGAAGAAGAGGGAGAGGAGCUUGUGAGGGUUCUAGUGAAUGAUCGGGUUGUGCCGCUUCAUGGGUGUGAUGUCGAUGAUUUGGGGAGGUGUAAACUGAAGGAUUGGAUUGAUGGGCUUGAUUUUGCUAGGAAUGGCGGGCGAUGGGAGGAUUACUGUACUGGACCGACCGACUGA